CACACACACACACACUCGGGAAGAGAGGGAGAGAGAGAGGGAGAGAGAAAAAACAGCAGCGAGCGAGAGAGAGAGAAAAAAAGGCUUAAUUAAUUCAGGCUGGAUGGGAGGGAUGUUGCUUCUGUGCCUGCUGAGGCUCCAGUCAGUGCCUCUGCUGUCGUGCUGCAUGUAGCCGAGUGUUUGUGUGAGCAGAGAGGACGACUCGGCGGCUGCUGCCUGCCUCUCUUUGCCUGCCUCAUUGGGAACCAGACACCAGUCCAGUCUAGCCACGACUCCACAUCCCUGAGCCUGCUGACUGACUGGCAGUCUUUUGGACUGGACUAGCUUGGUCUCUACUAAACGACUAAACAAGGAUGUUACUUGGACUGUAGUGAGAGCAGCAAUGGCCAGAGGACAAAAAAGGGAUUUUUGAUGUGGACAUGCUGAGAAAACUUGUGCCAUCUUCCGGUGAUCAGGAUCAGUUAGCAGCCUUUGUGGACAGACUUCCCAUUGGUCUCAUUGCUUCAGGGGCUGAACUGGAUCGAGUAGACUAAAAUCCUAUGCUAUUUUAUUUUGUGAUUCAAAGGGACAAAUUAAAUAUCCAGGGAGGGAAAUAUAAACAUCGUCUUCCCUCCCCCACUGUUCAUGUGGCCUCAGUUUUUUCAGCUUGCCCUCCUAUGGUUCUCGUAAAGUAGGAGCGAUGACAUCCCAAAACCUCUUCUUCUCAGUCUUUUUACACAACGUGACCGAAGGAUAGCCAUCAGUUCCCACUGCAGCACUCGUGGACUGACACCAAGAGCUCAGCCCCUGGCUUCAGGCAGCAUGGGAGACAGUAGCUGGGUGUGUCUGAGCCCGGCUGAGUUUAGCCAGCUGCAGCAGUACAGUGAAUACUCCACAAAGAAGCUGAAGGAUGUGCUGGAGGAGUUUCAUGGUGGAGGAGUCCUUUCCAAAUACAAUCCAGAGCAGAAGCAAGACGUUCUCAACCAACCUAUUGACUAUGAGGGCUUCCAGCUCUUCAUGGUGACUUAUUUGGAGAAUGACAUACCAGAAGAGCUUUGUCAACAUCUCUUUACUUCCUUCAAGAGCAAGACGGGAGGCUGUUCUCCAGAUCAGUCUCGGGCAGGAACGAGCUUAUUGGAAGCCCGUUCCAUCGAUGCAGGCAUCUCUAUUCAGACCGAAGUGGCCUGUGCUCCCAUUACAGGGAUGAAUGGGAAAAGCAUCCUGUCUGCAAUAAGCCGACACACACCAGAGCACUCCAGUGUGAUGAGCACAGCGGGUUCAGGAGCGACCACCUCCCCUUGUUCAUCUCGUUCCUCUUCACAGCGUUCAGGGACAGGGGCCCACACGCCUGGGGGGCCACACCUAUCACCCUGCACCCGAGUCAAAACCUUAGAAGGCAGCAGCAAUGCCCUGACCCCUAACCCUGGUCCUGCCAAGUCACCAGUCUCCCCUAAGCUUUCACCAGAGAGGACCCACUCUGAGAAGCAUUUGUCACUGCGGAGGAGCCCAUCACCUCAGCGAGCCUCCCCACUGCCGUCACCCCAGGUGGUCUUUCUCAAGGACAUUGUCUGCUACCUUUCCCUGCUGGAGAGGGGGACGCCUGAAGACAAGUUGGAGUUCAUGUUCCGGCUGUACGACACAGACGGCAAUGGGGUCCUGGACAGCUCGGAGCUGGAUCGCAUCAUUAAUCAGAUGGUGCAUGUGGCAGAGUAUCUGGAGUGGGAUUCAACAGAACUACGACCGAUACUGAAAGAGAUGAUGGAAGAGAUCGACUACGACCGAGAUGGGACGGUCACCUUAGAGGAGUGGAUCAGAGGAGGCCUCACAACCAUCCCUUUACUUGUCCUGCUGGGCAUGGAUACGAAUGUGCAGGAAGAUGGGCAGCAUGUUUGGCGUCUCAAGCACUUCAACAAACCAGCCUACUGUAACUACUGCCAUACCAUGCUGCUCGGAGUGCGCAAACAGGGCCUCUGCUGCUCCUUAUGCAAAUACACAGUACAUGAACGCUGUGUGUCCAAAGACAUCGCUGCCUGCAUCAGCACCUACGCCAAGUCACGCAGACACACCAACGCUAUGCAGCAUGUAUGGAUGGAGGGUAACUCUCCUACCAAGUGCGACCGCUGUCACAGAAGCAUCAAAUGUUACCAGGGCCUCACUGGCCUGCACUGCGUCUGGUGUCAGAUCACUCUCCAUAAUAAGUGUGCAUCUAAUGUGAAGCCCGAGUGUGAUGGAGGAGCCUUGAGGGACCACACUCUGUUGCCCUCGUACAUCUGCCCUGUCGUCUUGGACCGUCAUUCUGGGGUGAAGCGAGGGGAGGGGGAAUCACCUCCCAGCACCAGCCCUGAUGACACCAAUCAGACUUUUAAAUUCUCCCCUGGAGAUGGACAAGCACUCCAGAUAACCCCGCUUCCAGGCACUCACCCGCUCCUGGUUUUGGUCAAUCCCAAGAGUGGAGGGAGACAGGGGGAGCGGGUACUUAGGAAGUUCAGGUACCUGCUAAACCCGAGGCAGGUGUACAGUCUGGAUCAAGGAGGGCCGAUGGUAGGGCUCAACUUUUUCCACGAUGUCCCUGAUUUCCGGGUUCUUGCUUGUGGAGGUGAUGGCACAGUGGGCUGGAUCCUCGACUGUAUAGAUAAGGCCAACUUUGCCAGGCACCCUCCGGUGGCCAUUCUUCCUUUGGGCACAGGGAAUGACCUGGCUCGCUGCUUACGCUGGGGAGGAGGUUAUGAGGGUGGUAGCUUGGUGAAGGUCCUUCGGGACAUUGAGCAUAGCACUGAGGUGGUGUUGGACCGCUGGAAUAUAGACAUCAUCCCUGACGACAAGGAGGAGAAGGGAGAUCCUGUUCCCUACAGCAUCGUCAACAACUACUUCUCUAUUGGAGUGGAUGCCUCAAUCGCCCAUCGCUUUCAUCUGAUGCGUGAGAAGCACCCUGAGAAGUUUAACAGCAGAAUGAAGAACAAGCUGUGGUACUUUGAGUUUGGCACCACUGAGACCAUUUCAGCCACCUGCAAGAAACUAAACGAAUGCAUAGAAGUGGAGUGUGAUGGGAUCAUUUUAGACCUCAGCAACACGUCCUUAGAAGGCAUCGCUGUGCUCAACAUUCCCAGUAUGCAUGGCGGCUCCAACCUGUGGGGCGAGACCAAGAAGAGGAGGAACUAUAACCGCAUGAGCAAGAAGGUUCCUGACAGGAUGCCGGCCAGCACCGUCACAGAUGCCAAAGAGCUCAAGUUUUGCAUGCAAGGUGAGUCAAAUCUGAAGGAGGAUGCAAGAAGCCAGAAGCUGUUGAAAGCAAGUGGUGAUAUGCUUUCUACACUCAAGAUAAAUAAUUUAAAAGAUUCAGAUUUCAGAAACUUCAACAUAGAAGCAGGCAGCAUCAAAGAAAGAGGACAAAAACGCUAUGGCAAAAUGUUUAGCCAGCUUCUUCGAGCUGGCCCUGAGAUUGAAAUGUGUGCAACUGUGUAUGAUUCACCUGCAAAACAUCUUCAGAUUCCCUCACUAACAUCACCACAACCAUUUGCUCCAAGGCUGACACUACUAUGAGUGAAGUGGAUGGAGUAGUUGUUGUGCUUCCAUUCUGGUGUAUACAUUUUGUUUGCAUUAAGUGUUUUUCAAACAGAUUCAAUGAUGCCACCAACUCACAGUUAAGGCUGUUGUUUAUGGGUUUGUUUGUUUUUUACUGUUUUUACAUGAAUAGUAAAAAAGAGUCAGUGGGUUUUUAACUAACUAAUUAGGACACGAUUUGCUGUACUUCAAAAGAUCUCUUGAGUAUCUCAAAGUUGUUACUUUUGGGCUCACAGUUGUGGAGGUGCUGUGGACUUAAUUUUUAUUUUCCGUGUGCAAAUUUAAAGAUAAGUGGGGGCUUAAAUGGGAAAAGCACUCCAAAACACAUGUGUGACUUAAUUAUAUAUAAUUUAUAUAAAUUAUAUAUAAUAUAAUUUAUAUAUAUAUAUUAUAUAUAUAUAUAUAUAUAUAUUUGACAGUGACAUUGAUAUAUUUGAAACCGGAGAGAGGAAAUCAGCAUGCAGAUCAGAGCAGGCAUCAAAGACAACAGGUGUGACACUGAUUAAGUCGCAAACAGCAAGAAAUGAGGAGCUGGGCUGGAGCUGGGUUGCAAAGCGGCUUGCAGAUUUGAAGGACUUGUAGGUUAAAGCAGCUUGAGCAGCACAACCUAUAAUGAGUUUCCUUUUUGACAUGAAGAAUAUCAGCCAAGGCAAUAGUUGAUGUGGGCUGCCAUACAGAUUAGCCGAUCUGAACUAUUUUCCUUUCUACUAAACUACACAGCAACCAAAAUAAGAGCACAGCUUUUUAAGGUUAUUUUCACCAUCAUUGGACAGCACCGAAUAGGAGACAGAGCACAGAGGAAGAAAAACACUGUAAAGGGCCUUGGGCCAGACUCAAACCCAUGCUGCUAUAGUGACCAUGUAGCAUAUGGUCAUCUGCUCAACCCCAGAGUACAGUGUCUUCUUGGGUUACUGAAUCAGAGUUUGAGUUAGCAUAGGCUUCAUACAGUGGACUGAACCUUUUAGGAAAAAUGUCUUAAAACUUUACAUAGUAGAAUUAUAACUUGUAGGAAAUACUUUUCACAACUGUUUUGGGCAAACUUAUGAAACUGUAAAGCAUUUUGCUCUUUUCAUCAGAUACAGUUUUUAUGUGCUGCUGGCACAUUGGUAUUAAAUGUGUUACCUCCAAAUAUUUGCCCAGAUUUGUUCCAAGAUGGCUACCAAAUUUUGAGAUUUGCCUUUAGAAGGUCUUUCUUAAAUGCUUGUGUGGUUCUUACACCUCUGUAUCACCCAACAACACGCUGUCUGUUCAGAGCUCGAGUACUUUAGAUCCAAAACCCUUUUUCAAAGAGGAAAUAUAACAGGUUCUCAAUAGAAAAUUUAAGAAUGUUCUGCUUUUAAUAAGAAGGAUUGAGUGUAACCUUUCAUUGUUCUUGAAGCACAGCUUCCUAGCCAUCUGUCGUUAUUACAGGCAUAAGCUUUUUAUUUUAUAGGCACAUCAUCUAUGUAGCACCUUUACUAAUGCAUUCGCCUGUAGAGAGAAAGGACUGAAUAGUUUCUAUAAUGAAUCAGCUAAUUUAACUGAAAAUCUCCAAAUAGCAUCAGCACAAUCGCUGACCGUCAUCCCCUUAUGUUUUCUGUCUUUAUUAAGACAGAAAAUACUUAGAAAUAGAUGUGCUGUGUAUAGGUUCUGUAUAGAUACUGACGCAUAAUCUCUCAAUGUGCUUUGCAAAUUAUGCUACUGUAACAAUACUGUCACUAGGGUAGUCAGACAGAUGGAGGCACUGUGUAGUUGCCAGGAAAUAAAGAUGCUGUAAAGUAUUUCUCAGGACGGUAAAUGUAAAAUAGAUUCAUUCUAUUUAUUUAGUGGCUCCUGGAGUCAGGAAGUGCUGGCAUUUAAGGACAGUGACAACCAUCAAACAUCUGUUAUAGAUGACUGCUUCAGAAUGACCCCAACACUACGUCAGAGAGGAGACAGGAGAAAGCUGAGUAAAUAAAUAAAGAGAAUUAUAUAAGAGAGACGAUACAUGCAGACACAUUUUUUCAGACUGUGUCCUCAGAUCCAUGUUACCUUUCAGCCUCUGGGUGCUUUGGAUGGUGACUGUUGGAUCUGAGACAGUGAUGCAAUUAACACAAGUUUUCUGACAUUGAUACGUCCAGGUGGUGAGUGGUCACUAUCUGAAUGAUUCAUUUUAGGAACAAAGUUCUUCUUAAUUAAUGAAGCUGAAUAAAAACAAGUACAGUGUUCUCUGUAGAUUAGUCAUCAAAAUAACAACACAUCAAACCACUGGCUCACAAUUUACUUGGUUUUUAGAUUUAUUGAGAAAAUGAUGUCCUCUCCUUCUGGCUUGUCCAAAAUGAUAAAGCAACUGACAAAAGGUGAGCAUAGAGAUUAUAAAACUAUAUGCUGGUUUUAUAGUAGACUAUUGAAAAACUAGAAUGUGAUUGUUUAAAAUAGAAGCUGUCACGGUCCUGAGUCUAAUGACUCAGUGUUUUGUGUUUGUUAACAUUAUCUUAUGUUCUUGUUUAUUCUGGUCUUUUGUUAAGAUUUGCCAUUUGUUAGUUUUCGGUUCGUUACUCCCACUAUUCCUGUUCUGUCGGUUUUGAGUCUGUGUCUCUGCGUGUGCGUUGAGCUCCCUGCUUUACUUUGAAGGUCUGUGUCUUAUGUCAGUGUUUUCAGUUUUGUGUGGUCCUCUGUCUCAUCUGUGUAAUCAGUGUCAGCCGCGUCUCCCAGCUGUUUCCCCUUAGUCCUGUUCACCUCUUCCCCUGCUCGUCAUCGCGUCGUCCCUCAUCUUACACUGUGCGUUCCGUUUGCUAGCUCGCCUGCCUGUUCAGUUUGUUUUGCAUUCUCAGUUCAGUUAGUUUUCUGUUCCGUUGCAAUGCAGCAAUAAAGCUGAGUGUUUUGAGUUUACGUCUGCCUCCGUGAGUCCUGCUCUUGGGUCCACCAUCCCUGUCUGCCUUCACACAGCCAUGACAGAAGCACUCUUCCACAUUGCCUUCAUUUUGCCUUCCUGUGCAUGUGUGUGUGCGUGUGGUUGGGGUAAUUGUGUUCACCAGAAGCUUUUGUAACCUCACUGUGACUGUGACCGACUGAGCUCCUUAAUGGAUGUGAGUGGGCGUAACAGUGUGUGUGAUUACCCCCCUUUAGUGGCUUAAAAAAACUGUGUGUUGGCAUUUCAAGUGAUUUAAAGUGUAAUCUUCUCUAAACACCAAACAGUAAUAUUAAUCUGACUAAGUUGCAACUUUUGGAUAUAAUUAAGAGUUCUUACUAUUUUUGUUUUGUUUUGUUAAAUCAGCAAGUUACAGUUAUAUUAAGAGCAAAACAAGGAUGUAUGAAAGUACCUGAGCUGGAAUUUUGGAUAGUGUUUGUUUUUUUUCUUUCUUUUAUUUGACACUGCUGUCCAUGUAACUACACAUCAUCUUCUUCCUAAGAAAGAACAGUUUAUUCAGUAAUGCUUUCAUAGUUGAAGCUGUGGCUAUUAGACAGUCUGGAUAAUGACACUUCAGCUUGCAUUGAGUGUUUCCUGAGAAGAGGGGUUUUUUUUCUGCUGCACCACAUCGAAGCCUUUGAAGAUUUAAAAACAUCAUAAUAACUUAUUUGGGUCUGGAGGACCUUUACCUGUUCUAUAAUUUAUUGAAAUAUAUUUCUAUUUAAAUUGUUAUGAAAUAAGUGUGUAAGAUUUACAAGCAGUAACCUCUGCAGCUAACAGAGUGAAGCCAACUGAACACGCCCUAUAGACGUCAAUUUUAACACCCAGCUUUUUUUGGCCUGGAACAAAAAAAGAAGGUUUUGAAAUCUACAGAAGGUUGAUCCCUUUGUAAGAACUAUAUACAGUAUCAUCUUUGCAAGUGCCCAGUUUGGGGAGGUUAAAAAGAUGGGUAAGUUUUUGUUACAAUGGAUUUAACUGUUGUAAUUACAUGUUUUAGGGCUGUUGCUAUGUUACACACAUUAGAUGUGACAGUUAUCUUGACUGUAACGACAUGGCAGCUUUUGAAAUGUGUGACGGUGACUGACUACCAGCAUUACACUUCUAACUGCCAGUGGCUCCAGGGCUGCUGCAAUAUGGCUAAGACCAGUAACAUCUUUAUGCAUUUGUUUAAUGCAAACCAGCUUAUGAAAUGUGACGGUGUGAUCCUUACUGGGAACUAAAAGCUCCUGCAAAUGCUGCUGAAAGAAAACACAAGUGUUGUAAUGAAACCUUGUGCCACAAUAAAAGACUAAUUCACAUCUGAAUGAGUUUUAUUUUUCAGAUUCACAGUAGAGUCACUAAAAUACAGCAACAGCAUUACAAUCUUAAUAUUAGUGGAGUAUUUUUUAAAAUACUCUUGGGGCACUUAGUAUCUAAAGUGGCCUUAAAUAUCUUGCAUUAUAAUUUGGAGUUAGAAUAAUUAAAUUUAAUUGUAAAUAUAAUUCCUAAAUACAUCUUAACCCGAGCAGAUAAUGAUUAGUUAUAGAGAACUGACUGGGAAAUACUGUUCCAGUGAUAUUGGCAUUAUUGUUAGUUUGAAAAUGUCAUUAUUAAAUCCAUGAAACAUCCUAAGUUGUUCAUAAGUAUUUCUGGUUAACUCUGGUCCUUCAUUACUGAGGCAUUCAUAAUUAGUUACACUUUUUUAUGCAUCAUCAUGUAGCAACUCCUCACACAGAGAAGUUAUUCAGUAACCCCUCGUGACUUCAUGAUUACCUAACCGUAACUCACCAUUUAUGUUCCCUCAUGUAAAGUGAACUGUGUACAGUAGCUACUAAGCAACUACCCAACAUAAUCUUCACUAUUUUUUCCUUAAUAGGCAAUCACAGACUGCAUAACACCCAACAAGUGUUUCACUCAUAAUGUUCAGACCACAUUAAUAUUCACAUCAUGUCAUUAAGGAUGUGUACACCCACUCACAGCUGUGGAGCUGUUACUGACUGAAUUUGAUGAUAAUGUUCGGGUAGGGGAAAAAGUGCCUCAAGCUUAAUGGCCAGUACAUAAAGUUACGCUUUAAAUGUGACAAUCUGUGUGAGAUUGGUUUCUUUUUACUGUUCUGUUCUUUCAGUAUAACUUUGCAUGUGGUCAGUCUGCACGAAGACUGCAGUCAGAGCCUCCCCUCAGUGGCCACAAACAAUAGAAAAUAACCCACUCUGUGCUUUCACCAAGGUUUUCUGCAUCCAUCCCACUUUCAUUUCUUUCACACAAGUCUGCACAUCUCUGCUGACUGAACUAAACCUUGUUUCCAUGGAGAUCUCAGUGCUACACUGAAGCAGAGAGUUCAAAAAUACAGGAGAAAAGCUAGAAACUGAAGGAGGAAGAAAUGAUGAAUAGUCACUUUUAUGCAUUCAGAGUUUGUUAUUGCAGUCUUCACUCUCGUCUGCAUUUUAAGUCCAGUACGGUGUAAGAUGGUAAGAUUGUUUGCUGAGUUUGCAGUCUUUAGCCCAAACAUUGGGGCUGCAGGGCACUGCUCAGUCCACAUGUCCAAAUAUUAGACUUUUACUCUCUAUAACUAUUUAGACCGCUGUAAAUGCAAGAGCACUCAGCUUAUGUUGUUAAUCUUCACCCAGGGUUUGAACUCCUGACCCAAAUCCACAACACCGGCCUCUUACCAAAGAGGUAGCUGUCCUCGCUUGAAGUGAUUUUCCUUAUCUCAUUACACAGACUGACCAGAAACAAAGCCUGCUCCUUUUAGUUGUUGCUGGAGUGAGAAGCGAUGUAUGAUGUGAAAUCAGGAUUACUAUUUAUAAAGGAUUAAUAAUAGAAGAAUCAGUGAUUGCUAACUUUAAUCCUUUCCAACAUGGGAUUUUGGUGCCGUUCUCUGUUGUUGUAGACUGGAUGAUCCAGUUUAACCAAAAUAAAAAAGCUAAAAAUGUAAUAAGAGCUGAGUCAGCACUUCUCUGACAGAGAAGAGUUAACAAUAUGUAAAUCUGUCAUGUUCAUCAAGAUCAUAAAUAACAUAACCUUUUAGGGUUCUUUUUGACUGCAUUGCAAUGUACAAACAUGGACAUGGAUUGUGCUUUUAUUUAGGUUAGAUAAACAUGCACAUACGUCCAUGUGUUUCUAUUCCAGGUGUUCAGUGGAAAAAAAAGUGUGUACCUUUAACUAGCUUCACCCACCAUUGUAGUUUAUAGCAGAAUAUGUUUAUUUCUUUGUGACUUCAUUCACAUUGUGCAUGCUGGCACCUUUCUGAUGGAAUCUCUGUUCUCCAGAGCAGUCUCUGGGGAUUUAACCUUUAUUGAAUUACACUCUCCUGCUAAUGCGGUUUAGAAACAGGAGUGCUUGAGCUCCAGAGAGAAACUGUGUGCUGGCUCUGCAUUUUCUCUUUCUCUCUGUGUGUGUGUGUGUGUGUGUGUGUGUGUGUGUGUGUGUGUGUGUGACCUCUGUCGCUGUCUAUGCUGCUUGUUUAUCAUACUAUUAACUGUUUAUGGCAGUUGCCUUCUGUGGCACAAUAAACUAAAGCUUUUAAAUCAAUUUGCUGUAGAUAAUGCAAUCAGCCAGGGUCACCCAGAGAGAGGGUGGGUGCUUGUAACCCCAGUGAUGAAACUUCAGUCCUGUGAUUCACCACCUUUGCUACUCUGGUCUAUGUUCUAUGAUUUCAUACUAAAUAAUACAACAAUAAUAAAUAAUAGUCACUUGAGUUGUUUAAUUGAAAGGGGACCCAUACUUUUCUUUAUUCUCUGUCAUAUAUAUUAUGUUACAACGGUGGAUGUUCUUGUUCAUAUUAUACACGGUCAGUGUUUUAAUAUUCUCUGCGAGCCAAAAGAUCAGGUUACAAGUUGCUUUAAACACGCUGUUCAAGACACUUUUUCUGCUCUCACAUCUCUGUGAAUAUUCACCACACAUGUGGCAGACUAGCCUCCUGCUAACUCCAUAGUGUUGUAUUUAAACCUGUAAAUUUGGCCACAAAAACACUGCUUUCAAGAAUAACAAGAUAUUAUAACAAAAAACAAAAUAACAAAGAAACAUAUUUAGUGUGUGUAUAAGUCAUCCCCACAAGCCAAAACACUAAACACUAAGAAAGUCAUUUCUGCUAAUCCAUCUACUGUUUAAAUGUUGUAAGUGUAAAUGGAGGGAAAAGGCAUUCACAGGGUGGAUGAACUGAAUACCUGCACGGAGGCCCAGUAUAAGAGAUGACAACCUGAACCAUGAAUCAUUCAAAGCCCUUGCAGAGUGCAAGAGGAAAAAUGCAGGAAGAGUAGGUCCUCUUUAAGCAUUACCUAAAGGGGACAUACUCUGUUAAUACUGAAAAGUUCUGCUAUUAAUGAUUAAAAUGAAAACAUUAUUCUGUUUGCAAAAAUGUAACUCUUGGAGUGCGUGAUCGAUAUUUCUCCAGUUCUUGUACCACUUGUUCAAAACAGACAUAAGUUGUAACUAGCUUAUGUCUGUGAUAGCCUUCUCCUUUUAGCUCAUGAACGGGAAUGAUGAAGCCUUAAGAAGCAAACAUUUUGCUUGAGAUAGAUUAGAAUAUGGCUUUUUGUUUCUGACUGCCCAGCACAGAUUUCACACUUCUGUAGUGACUUUUCCUGCAGCUCUGAGAACUGUUAAAAAUGUGUUUAUGGUUAAGGCAUCGACUGUGAGGCAUGCGGCCCCUACCUCACAUCCAGCUGAGACCUUUAUUGCAUGCCAGUGCCAGCCUCUUUCUCCCUUUGCUUCUGACAACCUCUCUGCUCUUACUGUCUAAUAAAACACUUCACACUCAGAUACACCUCAAAAAUUCAGCCCCAGGUGAGGUACCCAUUGACAAAAUCAGGUUGAGUUAGUUUACACUUUUGGAAGAACUGUAGCACCACCCUCGUGCAACACGACUAACCCAAAUAAAAUAAGGACCAAGUGUAAUUAGGGGAUUACAGCGGUAAUCUUGUAACGUGCCUCCUUCUGUCCUUACCUCAUCUUCUAGUCUGGCUGCUGUUCUGACAUGAAUGUGUAAAUUUCACUGAUUUAAAGAGGACAUAAAGCAUUAAAGUUUUGUGUGAGGUGGAGAGAUAAAUUCAGCUGAGUGAGAGAAGACAGUGAGGGCUGGAGCUGCUGACAGAAACAGGAUUCAUGUAGGAAGGACAUCACCACGCUCCUCCUCCACUUUUAUCUCCGCACCAUCUUCCCCCUCCCCUGUUUAUUUCCUUUAUGCUCCUGGAUCAAGUUUCCUCAGCUUCCUGCUGCCAAUUGCACUGGAAAGGAUGCAUAAACAUAAUGUGCAUGUGGCACACAAGCUUCUCGUGAAAGGAACUGAAACUAUGAACACUGAAUGUGCUGGGUAAUGGGCAACAUUAAUCAGUAGCAGCACGUUAAUGCAAUUAUUUUACCAUUACUAGUAAAUCCAGUUAGAUAAAACAGUCCUUGGAGAAUAUCGGCUUGUUUGCUUGCUGGAAGGUGGACGGAUGCUUGAUGAAAAAAACAAACAAACAACUAAAAUACUUUAUUUUACUGAUUAAUUUGCUCUGUUUAGAGAACAGUGGAACAGCCAAAUACAUAGUGUGAUCAACUAAUAGUGUAACUGUGACACUCGUGACAUCCAGUACAAAGAUAAAAAAUCCUUUUAUUAUAGUAGAGCGGAAUAAUACAGGCAGACGGGAAAUAAGGAACAGAAAGAUGUGACGUGCAGGAAAGUCGGAAAGUACGGGAGCAAACCUUAAUGACUGUUUGGUGGCACGAAGCCCGUGUGAAAUGCACACAUGAUAUUGGAUCGCCCGACGUUUUUAAAACUUUUUCUUGCAUCACAUGACAAUUUCUAUCCUGUGUAGGCCAACUGGAGUGCAGAUGUAAACACUGUGCUGUGACCCUCAAAUGGUUCUAGUCUUUUGUGUUUUUUAAGCCAGUCAGUUGAACAGACUGACUGUUUUUAUUUUGUUUCUGUCAGUUCCAGAUUUCAUCUUUUCUGUAGCGUCGCACAGAUCGCACAUGAGCUAUGAUUCAUCAGUGACCAACAUGUAUAAUUGAUGCCACAAUCCAAAAUGAAAUCACAGGUUUGAGUAUGUUUAGCAGCAUUCCACCUGUGGCACAUUUACAUGUAUUCUGAUAAUGCAUAUUUCUGUGCCUUUUUCCUGACUGACUGGCACAUGCAGGCAGAUUUCUCUGUGUGUCUGAGAUGAUCAAAUUAACGAAAUUGACUAUAAAUAAGAGCCAUGAAUAGGAAAAAAAAGUGUUUGAAGUGGAGUAUUUAGUGGACUUUGAAGUAUUUGGCUCUGAUGGAUUACAAAAUUUCAGUACCAAAAACACUAUUAAAAAAUGCUGCUCCCCAUGCUACCCGAUCCUACCCGUGAAAGAGCGUGACCACAUGACCACCAAUGUACACACCCUUCAACUCAGAUGAAAACACAACUUCACAUCUAUGCAUGUCAGGUGAAACUGAGAGAACCAUCUCAUUCUUUAUAAGGUGACACAAGUAAAUAAGUAAUCUAAGCAGUGCUUGUCUUCAUUCCAGUCUUCUAAUGGUACAUUUUUUCAAGAGUACAUGUAGAAGUUAUACCUUUAUAUCGGUGCAGAGUUUAUGUUAUGAGCAUAACUCUAACCCUGAACCAAAGAAAUUUCCGUGCCUACAACUAGCAGAACAGAAAGUGAAAGGGAAAUUAACAGUGGGUUUAACAACAUAAAAGUAAACUUCCAACAGUUGCCAGUGUUGUAAUGUCUGCACCUCUGUCAGUGUUUCAAAUUCAACUAUUUGCUUUUGUUGAUCUAGUAUUGCCAUAGCAGGUGCAUCAAAGCUACAGCACCCACAACAGCUUCUCACGAAAGAGCAGCAUUUGAGAGCUUGAGACUGAGAACGGUUUAAUAAAGUAGUCUUAAACUGCCGUCAGCUUAUUGAUUAAAAUAAUCAAAGUCUGUGUUCCUAGUCGCUACAGGGGCUAAAGUAGCUGUUGGCAUUCUCUAUUUACCUUAAAACUAUAGACUGUUUGCUCAAGAUUAAACCCCACGUCACAGAAAAUGUGGCUUGUGGCUGCAGUAGUGUUGGAAACUACUCCGUCCUAUGAGUCAUGUAAUAUAAAUCCUUAUUCAGUGACAACUUGUUUGCAAUUUUCACACAAUUAGCUUGACAAUGACAGGAUGUAGUCACUGCUGAAACCUGCUAGUUCAGGUAUAUGCUGGCCUCCAUUCAUGACUCAUUUGUUUUCUUUCCCCAUUUGUCCGACACUGUGCCUCUCCUCAUCCACACUUCACAUCGGAGUUCUCUCCCUCCCCUUACCUCUUCGUUCUUCUUUCCCUGCUUCCCAAGACCCACAAUUCCACCGCCACAUCUCCCGCCUACUCUGCGCAACAGGAGUCCAGCUGUGACACACCACAAAGGACUCUAUUUUUAGGAGAAUUGCAUCCACACUGCAUACUGUUGUGUUCUCACAUAACAGAAACAGCAGAGUAUAAUUACUCUGAUCACCCCCACCAGUCUGUGUGGCUGGAAAUAGUUCCUGUAUGAAGUUGGAGAGCUGCUCAGUGUAUGGUGGAGAGCAGAUGACCUUUCAGUGAUACAUUUACUCAAAGUUAAUGAAUGACAACUUGUACAAGAGGCGAUCACUGUCGUUCUCCUGGGAAUGGAAAACAUGACACAUUUCUAUAAGCUUAUUAAAAUUGAAGAGGAAUAUAAAGUGUUCUUUCCCACGCUUGUUUUUCUCCCGUCUGGAAAAUUUCUCAUGGCUGUUUGUAUCUGGACAAUGCUGGGACCGAAAUAUGAAAUUUUACCAUCUGGGUCCUGACACGUCCAGGCAAGGAUUCAGUAGCAGGCUGCGUGUAUGUAUUUUUGUACUGGAUCAUAGUAACAUAGUGUUCUUUGUCAAACGGCCAAGUGCUCUCCCCUGUACCUUUACCUCUGCUGGGUCUGGCGAGGUGAGCCGCAGUUCCUCUUGACCAUCUGCCAUAACUCCGACCACCCUGAGACAAUAACAGGCCGGCAGUUGAAGGAAGGAGAGAAGGAGAGAAAGUGGGUGGAGGAAGGAUACACAAAUAUGUCUGCUUAUAAUUAUAGUCCCACACCUCUAGCUGAUGCAAAACGAAAGCUGCAGCUAUUUCAGAAAGGAAACUGUAAAUAAUCUCUUGGUAUAAAUAGCUCAUUACUCAGAUGAGAACAAAAAUGACGAGCUUCUUAAAGUCAGCAAAACCAUUCAGAAAUGAUUGUGUGUGAGGUUUUACCACCAGUAAGGUUCGGCAUUGAUGUUUUGGAUGUAUUUUGAAUAGUUUCAAGCUAAAAUAAACAGAUUGGGAAACACCAUCUUGACAUUUUUAAGAACAUAUCACAAACUAGUUGAGAUAUCAGGUUCGACUCGUGCGUGGAGGGAAUUUGACUUCUUGAUGGAGUUAUGCAAUCUCACACUGCUCUGUUUUCCUCUCUGCUUUGAAGUACUUUACCAAGAAAUAACAAAGGAGGAUUGUCUCAGUUUUCUUUUGGUCCCCCAAAGUGAUUGCUGAAAAGAUGCUGGUAGAUGCUGUGGACUCGUGGUAUCAAAAGAGAUGACCUGAGCCAUCAGAAGCUUGUGGAGUUUUUGUGGGUUUUUUAAACGUUUUAAGGCCUGAUUGACUCUGAAAGACACUGCCAAUAUAACUCUAGCUUCCAGCAGUACUCUCCUCAUUCAAAUAUCCAAUGUUGUGAUUAUGUAAAAGUCUGGUUCAGUGUAAUAGCAGCCCUUUUGAAACAGUAAUCUCCUGGAAAAAUCAAGAUACUUGGGCAAUUCGUUUUUGGGCUUUUAAAUGGCUCAACCUCUUGGCUAUUUUUUCAAACCCCUACCUGGAAAACAUCCCAGAUUCUUUCAGUAACAGCUCUACAGCUGAACAGCUUCAGGCUACAUGGUUAAAAACACUUUCUGAAGAACAAUAAGUCCACUUGUCCUUAUCACCAGGCCAAUUGCAGGGACUAAAAAAUUCCCUCAAAAAUUCUCCCCAAUCAAGCAAAUCACAAUAAAGCUGCAUCCAAAUUCACACAAGCGUAUGAAGUUUUCUUUGCUCAUGCAUCAUUAGCCGCUCUUUACAAUGCCAGGAUCCCCACACUCGCUAGUGAGAAUGUAACGAAAUUUGGUUGUUUGCUACUACAUGUGAGAAAAGACAACUGUAGAACAUAUCCUGACCUGAUCCUUGCAGAAUUGCUCAAAGUGACAUUUAUUUGUAAAAUGUGGACUACAGCUAGAUUUAUUUUAGUUUUCAUGUCAGUCUUUCUACUUAAAAUGUAAUUUAGGCUUCAAUUACAGGAUAUUUUAUAUUCAUUUCCAUAUAUUUAUACAGAGUUACAAUAGUGGAUGCUGAUAAACAUGUGCAAAUUUAUACUGGGCACCUGUACCUGUGAGCCAAAAGUGCCGAAUGCUAAAUCCUCCACAUCAGACAGAUCUUUCCUCUGGACUUAUAUGUCUGUGCGAUAGCUCGCCCUGUCUAAGGCCUCAAGCUCUUGCUGUUUAGACCUUUCUGCUAUUGAGAGCAGCAAAUCAGAAGAGAGCUAUCGUAAAGUUAGGAGGAAGGGAACUAAACCAGCUAUUUUCAAAGAGAGAGUAAACUGUAGGACUGCAUCAAGUCCCAAUAUAAGAUAUAUUUUGCAAAGCUCCUCUAAUAGAUUCCAAGAAUACAAAUAUGAAGCGGGUAAUAUGUGUGAUAGUUGUCCUUUUUUUCUCCUUUUUUCUCAUCUUUUCAGUUUACAUGUUUUCAUGUCAUUAGAGAAAAAAUAAGGUUUUCUCAAAAAUUCCCCAGAAUCAGCAUUUCACAUGCGUCGUUGUUUAAAAUGACUUUUCUGUGGCUUCGUACUGACUGCACAGCAGAGAAAAUAGUGCAGCACAGCAGCAACAAUUCUCACUGCCCGUUUCUUGGCAAAGCAAUGCCAUCCCAUCCCAGAAUGCACUGUAGCUGUGUUAUGUAAGAGGCUGUUCUAGUCUAUUCUUAGCUCUACCUCACUGAGAAAGUAACAGUGCUGGUUGCCUGAGAGUCAAAAGCGCAUAGAGAUCUGAUGAGGCGGGAAUCAUCAGUGAGGUGAGAACCAGCACAGUGGGCUAUUUUGCCAUCAGGCUCUCACACUGGGACACUGGCAGGACGGCAUGCCCAUUUUUGGUAUUUGGAGGAAGUAGAGGUGUAGAGGUGGGCAUACGAGCGAGCGGAUUUUAUUUUUAAUACUAGAACAGGAAAGAGAUGUAUAAAUAGUGCUGUUUUAAAAAUAGGACACGUCACAUUGACAAUUUCUAGCUCUUCAAAUCUAGCAGGAGACAUCUAGGCUGCAACUUUCCUCACAAACCAAAUAUACACUACAAUAUGUUCAUGUUUACAUCCAGACUUCUGGUUAAUUCCCAUCUGCUGUGCGGCCACUGUUUCACCAGCCCCUGCUUCUUGAUCCCCUAGUCUCCAACUGUGCCAUUUUUUCUCGAUGGAUGUCGAAUCCUAUUAUAAUUAUUUCCAGGAAAGCUUUGCAGAAGCAGAGCGAUGUAUGCAGCGAGCAUGUGUCUGGGCCUGUGUAGCAGCAUGUAGUCACAGGAUGAUGUAGGAUCACGAACAUGUGGUCGGGGCCACAGCUGUCAUUUAGAGUACUGGGAUUUUGUCCUGAGAAUGUUUUCUGGGAACUAAGCGUUCUGUAGUGAGACAGAUAAAUUUGUACUGGAUUUGAACUGUAAAUCAUUUUUUUUGUAAGUGGUAGAAUAAAGAAGAAUGUAUUAUAUGUCCAACGUGUUAUACCAAAACCUUUACAUGCUUGCAAAAGGUGAGCUUAGUAAAGAAUGACAGGCUGAAGACCAAACCACUGUGAGACAUGAGGGGAGUCCAUUUUUCCAACUGUUUCUAUAUUUAACAUUGUGUAACAUCAUAUAAUUGCAUUUGCAAUGAUGCAGUGAGAAGGACAACUCAAUUUCACACAGUGCAGAUUGUAGUAGAAGUUAAAAUUGCCAUUAACUGUAGACAUUUUAUGGACAUAUUUAAGAAAUAUCUAGAAUUUAACAAUAUAUUUAUUAGGAAGUAAGUACAUUCAGAGAUGUUAAGAGGGUUGAUUGCAAUGAUAAUCUCUCACUUUUUUACAGCUUGGAACAUUCAGUAGCCAAGUACCGCUUAGCUUCCAUAAAGGUUUGUAAAGGGCAAACACACAAAACGUAUCAGGUGAACAGACUUUUCCUUCAAAUACAGUUUUUCUGCUUUGGGCAGCUAAAGAAAUAAACCCCUGCCUGCUCUGCUACAACUUCGAGAUGAUAAUUUGAGACUUUGUCAUGUAUGUAUUGAUAUUGUUUAAAGAGAGAUGUGUGGUGGUGACAGCUGACGUGUCUUAUAUGUGUCUACUACUCAUCCUUUUUCUGCAUCUAAAUCUGUAUUUGUCACCAUAGAUGUUCCAGCUGUAUUAGUGUACUAGCUAACUCUGCAGAACUUCUAUUCUAUGCACUCUAGCAUCAAUAAAAACAGUUAGCCAUCACCACACUUUCAAUCACUGCAUGUACUUGGUAUUACACCCAUGUAUGUGUCAAAGCCAACACCAAAGCUGUGUAAUAUCCCCCAAAGCCACAGCUACGCUCAGACUCAUGAAGUCAAUGAGACGGCUGGCCCUUUCAGUAUGCUUUUUGUUUGUAAACUGAUCUGUUUACUUCUUGUUAGAUUGCUUUUUGAAUAAACAUAGCAAAACAGGCAACUGUAUCUGUGAGACCUCAUUAACAGUGCAGUCACUGAACUGAAUCCCUUGACCAGUUCAGUAACUUUUGGAGCAUUUUAAUGUAAUUAUCUGACAAAUAACAUGGACUGCUGUGCGGUCCACUGCCUCCAGUUGUUUUGGUGUUAUUUUCCACUAAUUAGCCAAUAUGUGUGUCUGUGCACUGUACCCAUACAGUUUAAGGAUGCAGCUAUGAGUGGAGGUUUCUGAUAGUUCAGUCACAUCAGAGUAAAAAUGGGAUAGUAACUUCUAUGCAAAGAGGUAAAAAAAAAACAGCAGCAAAACAAGACAAAACAAGUAUUUUUUCAUAUUCAGAAAGUAGUUGUGGCAACCAUCUGCUCACACAGAAGUUUAGCAUUCAACACUCUCUGCCUCUGGACUUUCAGUCAAUUCCAUUAUUUAUGGAGGAAUUUACGAAUUUCUGUUUCAAACCCAUCACCGUAUUAUCUCAGAUGGCAUGUAAUUGCCAACUGGACUCCAUUCAAUCACAGACUGAUACUGACUGAUGUUCUGUCUCUGUCUUGUCACACGCCAGUGUGUAUGAGCAGACUUGUAUUCGUAAGGUUUCUCCAUGUAAGUGUCUAAUAGUGGGUGUGGGGAGCCAUAGCCCUGUCCUCCAGGACAUGAAGCAGGCAUGGAGGAGAUCCGGGGCCCCAGACAUCUAGAGGCCCACCAGGGGCCUGGUGGUGGGGGGGUUGGUUCACCCAGCAGCCACAGUGCAGAAGCCACAGGGGGCCGCAGCCACAAGCCCCCAGGAUCCUCCGGCUUCCGACUACAACAGAGCGGACCGAGCCCCCGGCCCUGAGACCCGAGAUCCAAGGGCCCUCCACACCCUGGAAGGGGCCCGACUGAGUCAGGGGAACCAGGCCCUGCCAAGCAGCACCCAGUCCCUGACACAGAGAACCACUAAUGCACCGGCGAGCUAGUUUCAUUCUUAAAUAUGUUGAUGUAGCAAGUAGACACAUUUUGUUUGCUAAUUAGUGCCAGUAACAGAUUAAUAAAACCCUCAAAUUAAGCACAAAAUUCUG